UGCAAUUUGAGCCCAUACUGGUCUGAGUGCAAAGUUCGGGAUUGGGCCCGAUCAACGCACGCAAAUUGCAGGGCGCAUUGCACCGACGGCCACCACACCAUCAAAUGAAGAUGCCCGCGAACCCAGGAUGCCUGCGUUGGCCAGGAUGCCUGCGUUGGCCAGGAUGCCCGCGUUGGCCAGGAUGCCCGCGAACCCAGGAUGCCCGCGUUGGCCAGGAUGCCCGCGAACCCAGGAAGAUGCCCGCGAACCCAGGAAGAUGCCCGCGAACCCAGGAUGCCUGCGUUGGCCAGGAUGCCCGCGUUGGCCAGGAUGCCCGCGAACCCAGGAAGAUGCCCGCGUUGGCCAGGAGGAUGCCCGCAAGCCCAGGAUACCCGCGAUCAAGCUCGUUACAGGCCAUUUUCUACACCCUCUGAGCUACCGUUCGGCAAUACAGUUGGAUCAAAGAGAGGAAAAACAGUCUCUGAGGAUCGCCUGGAUGAGCACAUCGUUGGUGUCAAAUUUGACCAAGUUUGACGCAUUGUUGUGGAAGUUGAGGGGGGGUCAUCGACCGGAUCAAAAGCCGUGACUCGAUCGCGAAUUUACGUUGGAGGCAGCCGAUCAGGAAGAUACUGCAUCUACGCAGAUGAAAGUAGGCUCAUUAGAAUCGCCUGUCAAUGGCGAUCUUCAGACUGUAAUCGCCUUGGCGAUGCGAUGCGUGGUGGUGGAGAUAUUGGCGAGUGAUUGAGGCACUUUUUGUCGGCUCCCAUACAAAACCGUGACUCGAUCGGCCCAGAUCUCGAAUUUUGCUCUCAGACCUCUUUCAAAGGCGUUCUCUGCAAAAAGUGGGCCAGGUUCUCAAAA